CGGAAAAGCCUACAAGAGAAUCUGCCAUGUCUGAACUAUCGGAGGUAAUGUGGAAGUGGAUAGAGCUACAUGAUUCAAUAUCCUCUCCCAGUGCUGCGAGGACAGACAAGAGCAGCGAGACUGUGGACAUGAAUUCACCUCAACAGGAGAAGUGUAGUCCUCUAAGUAAUUCCACGGGACCUAUCCCUGAAAACAGAAUAGAGACAAGCCAGGAAAUAAUGUUGAAAGCAGUUCAAAGCCAAUCGCCUGCAAAAACAUCAAAGACCCCAGCUUUGAACGGAAAUUACAAGAAUAAUUUGGGCUGGACUCCACUACAACAUGCAGCGUUCUGUGGACAUAUUCCUUUAAUCAAGUAUCUCCUGCACAGGCGAGCAGCCAUCAACCACAGGAGUGAGUACCAUUACACUGCAAUACACAGGGCAGCUUGGAAUGGCCACACUGAUGCGGUGGACUACCUUCUGCAUCGGGGAGCCCUUCUGGAGCCCAAAGCUCGUUGCGGAGCCAGUCCACUCCAUUGUGCUGCAGCUAAUGGUUACGUUACUACUUCCAAGCUGCUUCUAAAAUACGGGGCAUCCACAGAUAUUAAAGAUAACAGGAGGUGGACACCAUUACACUGGGCCUGUGUGAAUGGACACAUGGAAAUAGUUGAAUUGCUGAUAAUGGAGGGAAUUAACCUGGAUGAAAGGACUGACUGUGGCACUACAGCAUUGCAAUUAGCAGUGGAGGCUGGGAAUUUCAGAAUUACUGACUACUUACUGAAGAGAGGCGCAGACGUAGAUGCCAAGGAUGAAAAUGAUGAAACUGCUCUACACAAAGCUGCUGCAAAUGGAAAAGUAGAGAUCUUGCAGCUGCUGCUCAAAUGCAGUGCCACAGUGGAUGCUUCAGACAGAAACCAGCACACACCUCUGCACAGGGCCGUGGAGAGUGGAGCUCCUGCUGUUGAAUUGUUGUUGCAGUCUGGUGCUUCCAUUGACAGUAGGAAUGCACUACAGAUGACUGCUUUGCAUCGAGCAGCUUUCCAAGGACAGGAGGCGGUAACACGAGUCCUAAUUCAGCAUGGUGCUGACAUACACGCCCGAGACAGGAUGGAUAAGACUCCCUUGCAUCUGGCUGCAGAGAAAGGUCACUGUGCUGUUGUACAAUUAUUUAUUAGCAAUGGGGCUGAAUUACAAGCCAAAACAAAGUGGAAUGAAACUGCAGCUGAUCUUGCUAAAGAACAAAAACGGGAAGAGGUACUUAAAGUACUGAGGGAAAACAUGUAGAUAGGACAAUACGGUCUUUUGAAAUAAUCUGUCAUUUCUUAUAUAGAAUAAAUGUACUUUAUGUACACAGUAGCUUUGCCUCCCAGGCUUCAGUCCUUCUACAUUGCUGUAAUCCCAAGGACAUAAUAGGUACCUAUUCUUAAACUGUGGGCCUGCUGCUGAUCUGAGUUUCAGCAAGCUUUUUUAUUGUCGACUUGCCUUCACUCAUCAACGAACUAGCUCUGAAAAUAUCACCUUACCUUCAGAACAACUUGAGCUCCUUCCAUUCAUAGAUCUUCUAUUUAUUCUAUUCACACUCCCACUCUCUGCAAACUAAAAGCACCUUUUCCUUCUUUCCAUUCUGCUGCAGGAUAAUGAAUAUGAAAUUCUAUUUUUCUGUUCACAGAUGCUGCCUAAACAAAUGAUUAUUCCUACCAUUUUCUUCUUGUAUAUCAGAAUUUCCACUUAUUGAUUUUAAAUAAUUGGAGGCUGUGAUUGAUUCUCUUAUCAUCCCAUCAGAUACUCCUUUCCAAUUAAAGUGUUUACUGGAUCACCAAUCCAGUUUUAGAAUAAAAUAAUCCCACUUCUCUGUUUCCUCAAGUCCAUUUCAAUCUUCCUCUUGUGUUAAUUAAGUUAUAAAGUGGUUACACCCCAGAAGAGGCCAUGCGGCCCAUCCUAAUGACACUGGCUCUCAACCAGAGCAACCCACCAGUUCUGUCCCUGACCCUAUCUCUGCAAGGCUUGCAUAUCUUUCACCACAUAGUUAACCAGUUGCUUCCUGGAAGUCAUAACAAAGCCUGCCUCUAUUACAUCAAUAGGCAAUGCUUCAAGAUUUCAAAAAAGGCUUGUGCCCACAUCAUUUUAUGUUUCUCCCUCUUUAUUUAUAUCUUUAAACCUUACUAUUUAACAACUCUACCAAAGGCCUCCUACUAUCCAUUCUGUCCAGUCUCCUUAUCAGUUAUCCUUCCAUUAACCUCCCCUCAGCCUUCUCUGGAGAGGAGUAUUUUGCUCUUUAAUCUAAUCUGAGGAGCAUUGUUGGAAAAUUUUGUAUAUUUUUUGUUUCAUUUUUUUUCAAUAAAGAUGUUAUAUUGUGAAAUACAGAAUUUAUAUUUUAGAUAGUGUUAACGUGAGGGUUUCCUUACAAGACUGGUCUCAUCAAAUCAAAUGGCUCAGGGGAGAGUGCAAUCUCUUUUGAAUCAAAAUACUAAAUUCAUUCCAACUCAUGAACUUCACAAUAGUGCAUUACUGAGGAAGUACUGCAAACCGGAGUCCCAUCAGCUCUCUCAGAUGGAUAUUAAAGAUCCAGUGUCACUGGUUCAAAAGGAGUACAAGGAUGGUUUGCCUAGCCAAUGCAGAUAAAUCAGUGGAAAGGUCAAAAGGAAAUUAUCCAGUCAUGCGUGGCACUUCGCUGUACACAGAUUAGUUACAAUUUAAAACAUGUCAAAAAUGCUCUGUAAAGUGCUUUGCAAUGUACUGAGGGUGAUGUGGAAAACACUGUAUAAAUGGAAAUGUUGAUGUAAUGCAGUGACAACAAUUGUAUCUAAAGUAUCGGAUGCAGGUAUUCAUAAUGACAGUCUGUGGAGCAGGGACGUGAUCAACAGGAGAUGGAAAAUGUGUGAAAGUCAGCCAAAUCAAAAACAAUGCACUCUCAUUUAAAGCUACUUACUCCCAGAAGGUUAAAGUGUGUCAAUUAUCCACAUGUUGACAUGGUGUAAUUAAUAACAUCCAUUAAGAAUGUUUAAGAAAAUUGAAACAUUAGUUGCUGAUAGUA